CUUUCCGAGUGCCAAACUGGCAACCCUUCCCUGUGCUCCAGAAGCCCAGCAUACAUCUUUUGAAACACACUCCACAGCGUCAAAUGUACCAUUGUCAAUGCCGCGCCAAUGUAUCCCCCCAUCCACCGUGAUAUCUGAGCCUGAAGUGCCAACGGCGAUAGCAACAUGACUUCUUCCUGGAACCCAAGAAGCCCCCGAUCUAUAACCCCCAGGGAAACUCUGCGCUGCCUUCCAAGUUGCGCCACCAUCUUCUGACCAAGCAGCGCUGUUCUCACUGCCCGUAGGUUUUUCGUAGUCCCCACCGACAGCUAUGCCAUGUUUCCCAUCGCGAAAGCGCACAGAGAAGACACCGGCGGCCGGUCCACCAGCGAUGGACGUAUUGCUAACCUUCCAAUCAUGUCCAUCUCCGCUCCAAUACACACGCCCGGGGUCCACUCCACCCGAAGCAACGUACCACCGCCCUGCAGCAGCCUCAAUACAUGUUCCUGAGGCUGCGAAGCCGAAUUCACCCUCAAGCGCCGCUGGUAUCCCUUGAGGGUCCACAAUCUUCCAGGUGAUGCCUCCAUCCCAAGUCUCAAUCAACCUGAAUUUGCCAUCGACCGGAUCGCUCAUUGCAAGCCCAUGCUUCUCAUCCUCAAAUGCUAAGCAGUCGUAAAAGGCCGCUGGCUCUUCAUUCACAAACGUUUUCUCCCAAUUAUUUCCGCCAUCAUUCGUCACAUAGAUACGUGAUAGGUUUCCUUCGCCGAUAGAGAGUACCACGGCAGAUUCGGCAGACCAAGCUUGGAUGUCGCGAAAUUGAAAGUCUGUAGCGUUCUCAGGGCCGAAAGAGGGGGAUACGAUGUUCCAUGAUGAGCCGCCAUUGAGAGUCCGUAGAACUGUUCCCGAAGUGCCAGAUACCCAGACAAUCUUGUCGGAUACUGGAGCCAAUCCUCUGAACUGUUGGGUACUGUUUGUUAAUUUGAGUGACCAUGUCAGGGGAGGAAUUGAAGGCUCGUAAGGUGGUGUCGUUGGCAGAUGAUAACUGGAUUUUGCUGCGAAUGGACUGUACGUGGAGUCCUC